AUGCGUCUCUGCCUUCUCAGCAGCAUCUUAACAUGUAUUUACAUGUUACUGUCCUGUUCAUCUCUGCCAAGUGUCACCUGUUAUCGUCAGAAAGUCAUUGACUCCGAGUACAUGCCUCCUGCUUCAGGCUUUAGGGUGUGGGAAAACCGGUAUGCAGUUGAGCCAAGUUGCGAGGAGCUGCGAGCAAUGUGGCAUUUCUCAAAGAGGCAGUCCCGUGCUUCAGAAAUCACCAAUGAGGUACCAACAUACAGAGAUCCUCUGGCGUAUAACGUAUGGGAACCUUAUGCGCGCUCUAGGAGCAUUGGUGGUGGUGUGCUCACUCGACCAGGGCGGGGCCACAUUUAUGGAAAAGUUGUUUAUGCAAUGCCUGGGUCUGUCACCUACCAGUCUCGACCAGAGAGAUUCCGUGCAUUUGAGGAGGUGGCGAAGAUGCUUGUCAGUUCACGAAGAGGUGUGCCACAGAGGAAAGUCACAGCCUUCCGUUACUCUCGUGGUCGGGUUCCGUACCAGGAUAUCCCUGCUCAGUAAGAAAUAAUUAAUGUCUGGUGUCUGAAAUAUGUAGAUGUUAGUUACAACUGUUUUUACUGCUACUAGGGACUCACAGAGCUGGAGCUGUCUGUUAUUUUUCUUCUGCGUAUAGUUAUUAUGAAUAAUUUUUUGUACAUGCUUUCAGCAUUUCACUAAAUUGUUUAUUAGAACUUCUACUGAGUUAACUGCAGCUUACAUUUUAUGGAGUAAAAGCGUGUAGUUCAAAUCUGAGCUGCACAGUGUGAAAAGUAUGUUUUUGGCAAUGGGUGUCAUUUUCCUGUGCUGCAAAUUUACUGCUGCACUUUUAACUUAAACUCUUUAUGAAUGAAAGGGCAAAUGUGUACUUUGUAGUAUGCUUGAAGCUUCCAUGCUAUGUGUCAAAUGUUGCCCUAAGCUAAUGUUGAACAAAAGGCAAAUUAAUAACAAUCAUAUCAUUGAAUCCCAAGAAAAAGAUCUAACAUAUCUAAAAACUCUUCUUCAAUGCCAGACAAUAACAUUGCAAGAACCACACAUCACACACAGUGUUUUAAUUGUAAUACAUUUAUAAGUAAUCUUAAAUUUGGUUGUGGAAUCAGGGUAUUGUGUUUUCACUUUUAACUAAUGGAACAAAACUUUAUCACUUUUGUUAUAAAAUGAAAUGUUUCCUUUGCACUAAAAUGCCACGUUUUCUUAAGUGAACACACUUUACACUGUGUAAGUUGUCAAGAGUGUACAUAUUUUUUACGCUGGUUUGAUAUGUGGUUCUCAUGAUAAAAUUCAUUUGUUUCAUUUUACACAUAUUGUCCUCUCAGGUAAAUUGAAAUUACAGACUUACAUAUUUGAUAGCUGCAGCUACAUAAUAGAGAACAGGUUUUUUGCCCAAACAUGUAAUAUGCAAAUAUGUGACUACAAAACAUAUCAGAAAAUAUUUAUUAAUUUCUGAAAUGUGAUUUUUGAAAAGUUGAUAAUAAUCUUAUCACGACUUGGCUGUUAUAAGGCUCACAAAUGAGUCCCAAAAUCUGUGUCUUCCUAAAUGACAAUAUCAUCUAUGACAAUAAUUACUACUAUAUGUCAAUGUCAAGUCUUUUGACCUCCAGGAUUUACUUUUAGUAAGCAAGUUUUUCUUAAUCUUGGCAUAUCAGUUUUCUGUUCUAUAAUGUAAGACCUGCAUAAGGAUGUUUGUAGAUAAACUUUAUAAUUAAGAAUUUAUUUCUUUAUUGCAUUUUAUGAAAAACUGUGGAAAGAUUUUCAUAGUGCAUUUUGGUCAAGUGUAUAUCCAUAUGAAAUAUACUGGAGAAAAUAUUUAA